UGAUAUCCUAAUGAAUGAUACAAAUAAAGAAAAAAAUCAUUGUUUAAGAAAUAAAUUAUGUAAAAAAUAAUUAAAAUAUCCUUUAAAAUCUCUCGAAUACCGCCCAUUCGCACCAAAGACAAACACACUUCCCACACACUAUGGCAGCGGUAACCGGCGCAUACUUUUUUUCAGCCGGAUUUACACCGUCACCAGCUGUCCGUUCUUGCUUAUCACCGUCAUCCGGAAAACUUAACCUGAACUCGAGUUCGGUUUAUAAUCCGAUUCAGCAAUAUGCAGUUACUAGUGAAGAACCUAUAUCACCGUCGACAUCUUCAACGACGACGACGAAAACGACGGGUAGUUUUUUAGAUAAUCUGAGGUUAAAAGUAAAACAACUAGAUGAAGAAGAAGCAGUGGAGAAUAUAAAAAAUCCCUUCCGUUUGGAGUUGGAAGAAGCAGCAAGCUUAGUGAAGUACAGGAAGAGCCUGAAAGAUUAUUUUGAAGAAUCGAAAUGUUUUAAUAGAUCGGAAGGAGGUGGCUGCGGUGGUCCGCCGAGGUGGUUUUCGCCGUUAGAGUGUUCGUCGCGGUUGGAAGAUUCUCCUCUGCUUCUAUAUCUUCCCGGGAUUGAUGGUGUUGGACUGGGGCUGGUUCGGCAACAAUGCAGCCUUGGAAAGAUGUUUGACAUAUGGUGCUUGCAUAUACCAGUUAAGGAUAGAACAUCAUUUACAGGUUUAGUCAAGCUGGUCGAAGGAACAGUUAGAACAGAGAGUAAUCACUCAACUAGACCAAUAUAUCUUGUUGGGGAAUCUCUGGGGGCAUGCCUUGCACUAGCUGUUGCAGCCCGUAACCCUGAUAUUGACCUUUCAUUAAUUUUGGCUAAUCCAGGAACAUCUUUUAAGAAGUCACAGUUGGAACCUCUAAUACCAGUAUUGGAAAUUAUACCUGAUCAACUCCAGCUUGGUCUUCCUUAUAUGCUGAGCUUGAUGACAGGUGAUCCAUUGAAGGAGGCGAUGGCUAAUGUGAUAAAGGGAUUUCCUCUACAGCAGAUAUUUGGAGCUCUAUCACAGGAUGUCACUGCAAUGUCAUCUUACCUCUCUGUUCUCAGCGACAUCUUACCUAGAGAAACACUUCUCUGGAAGCUACAGUUGCUUAAGUCAGCUUCAGCAUAUGCCAAUUCUCGCCUACACGCCGUAAAGGCUCAAACACUUGUACUUUGCAGUGGCAAAGAUCAGCUGCUACCAAGUCAAGCGGAAGGUCAAAGACUUUAUGAUACAUUGCCUAAUUGUGAGAAUCGUUCGUUUCAGGAUAGCGGCCAUUUUCUGUUCCUGGAAAAUGAAAUUGAUAUAGUGACUAUUAUCAAGGGGACUAGUUUCUAUCGUCGUGGAGCAAACCAUGACUAUAUCUCUGAUUACCUGCUACCAUCUCCUCCUGAAUUCAGAAAGAUAUAUGAAUCAAACAGGCUCAUUGUGCAAGCAACAAGCCCGGUGCUGCUCUCAACUUUAGAAGAUGGGAAGAUAGUCAGAGGUCUUGCAGGAAUUCCUUCAGAAGGACCUGUCUUAUAUGUUGGUUAUCACAUGUUACUGGGAUUUGAAUUAACUCCGAUGGUUACCCAAUUUUUGAUCGAAAGAAAUAUUCUUAUGAGAGGGAUUGCACAUCCAUCAAUGUUUAGGAGAUUGAAAGAAGGGAUGCUACCUUCUUUAUCAGAAUUUGACACAUUCAGAGCAAUGGGUGCAGUUCCUGUUUCAGGAAAACUUUUUUACCAGCUUCUGUCCUCGAAGUCUCACGUGUUGUUGUACCCAGGAGGAGUGCGCGAGGCUUGUCAUCGGAAGGGUGAAGAGUACAAGUUAUUCUGGCCUGAACAGUCAGAGUUUAUCAGGAUGGCAGCUAGGUUCGGAACCAAAAUUGUGCCAUUUGGCGUUGUCGGGGAAGACGAUUUAUUUGAAGUAGUUUUUGAUUAUGAUGACCAAAUGAAGGUUCCUUUCCUUAGGGAUUACAUAACAAAGAUUGCAGAACAAUCUAAGAGUGUGAGAACUGAAGCAAAUGGGGAAGUCAGUAACCAAGAUAUGCACCUUCCUGGAGUGCUGCCAAAAUUUCCUGGAAGAUUCUACUAUUAUUUUGGGAAACCAAUUGAAACAGAAGGCAGGAAAAAGGAAUUAAGGGACAAGGAGAAAGCACAUGAAUUGUACAUGCAAGUCAAGUCCGAAGUCGAGAAUUGUCUCGCUUUCUUGAAGGAGAAACGAGAAAGUGAUCCUUACCGGAACCUGUUAACUCGACUAGCUUACCAGGCUACACAUGGUUUUCCUUCCGAAAUUCCAACUUUUGAACUUUGAUUGUGUCCUAAUUCAAAUUAGCCGAGAUAAAAGGGGCCUCGGACUCAGAGUAUGUUGUCAAUUACUAACUCGGAACUUCGAUAACUGUUUGGAAUAGAACCUGAAGGUGCCGAUAAUGCACUUUAGUUCUUACAUAGAUGAUAUAGAUCACAAAAUAUAAAAUGGUUAGGGUUUUGACCAAGUAAUUAUCAUACCUAGUUGGUGCACCCACAGCCAUAGGAAGAGCACAUGAAUGUAUUUUAUGUGUCUGUAAAUUUAUGUGAUACUCCACAUUGUAUUGAUAAUAAGGUCAUGUAGUAUUAUUAAUAA